AUCUAAUUUUGGUUUCAUGCUUGGCAAGUAUGAAGAAAGGCAUGAGUAAAUUUGAAUAAUAAAAGAGUAACAUAUUUCCAUUGUGUGAUAAGAGAGCAAGAUCCACAAAAGUAAAGAUAAAAAAGUGAGUAGAGAAAUAUAAGAAAAAAAAGCGAAAAUAAUAUAGUGUAAUGCACUGAGCUUAUGAAAGUAUCGGAAAAAGUACAAGUUAAUUUGUAUGAAUAAGAAGACAUACAUUUCAAUAUUUGUGAUAAGAAAUUUAAAAAUAAAGAUAAAAAACAAAAAUAAUAUAGCGUAAUGCACUGAGUGCCACAAAAAUUGAGAGAGUCGAGCCAGUAUCACAGAUUCUAACUUUAACGUAACAUAAUUUAUAAAAGAUGGAAAAGUCACAGAAAAUGCCCAAAGUGGCAAAGGUGAAAAACAAGGCGCCUGCAGAGAUACAAAUCACUGCAGAGCAGCUGUUGCGCGAAGCGAAGGAGCGCGAUUUGGAGAUCCUACCACCACCACCAAAACAGAAGAUAUCGGAUCCACACGAGCUUGCGGAUUAUCAGCAUCGCAAGCGCAAGGCGUUUGAGGAUAUCAUUCGCAAGAAUCGCAUGAUCAUUACCAAUUGGAUCAAGUAUGCACAAUGGGAGGAAUCUCAAAAACAGAUUCAACGAGCGAGAUCGAUCUACGAGCGAGCACUGGAAGUAGAUCAUCGGAAUAUUGCGCUAUGGCUCAAGUACACGGAGAUGGAAAUGCGCAAUCGACAAGUCAAUCACGCGAGAAAUUUAUGGGACAGAGCGGUGACUCUACUUCCGCGAGCCAAUCAAUUCUGGUACAAGUACACUUACAUGGAGGAGACUUUGGAGAAUAUUGCUGGUGCGCGUCAAGUCUUUGAGCGAUGGAUGGAAUGGGAACCGGACGAACAGGCCUGGCAAACGUACAUCAAAUUCGAACUGCGUUACAAGGAGAUCGAUCGCGCUAGACAGAUCUACGAGCGUUUCGUGAUGGUCCACCCUGAUGUGAAACACUGGAUAAAGUACGCGCGCUUCGAAGAAUCGUACGGAUUCAUCAAGGGUGCGCGAGCGGUAUAUGAGCGAGCCGUAAGCUUUUACGGAGACGAGGGUCUCGACGAGAAGCUCUUCUUAGCGUUCGCCAGAUUCGAAGAAGGUCAACGAGAACACGAUCGCGCCCGUGUAAUUUACAAAUACGCGCUCGAUCACAUACCGAAGAGCAACACUCAGGAGAUCUACAAAGCGUACACGAUCCACGAGAAGAAAUACGGCGAUCGCUCAGGCAUCGAGGACGUGAUAGUCAGCAAGCGGAAAUAUCAAUACGAACAGGAGAUUAAAGAGAAUCCUUCCAAUUACGACGCGUGGUUCGAUUACUUGAGAUUGGUAGAGUCGGAAGGUAACGUGGAUGUGAUCCGUGAAACAUACGAGCGAGCGAUAGCUAACGUGCCGCCCACCAAGGAGAAACAAUUUUGGCGAAGAUACAUCUACUUGUGGAUCAAGUACGCUCUUUUCGAGGAACUUGAGUCCAAGGAUAUCGAACGAUGCCGUCAGGUGUACAAAGUGUGCCUUGAUCUUAUACCACACAAGCGGUUUAGCUUCUCGAAAAUCUGGCUGCUUUAUGCUUACUUUGAGAUACGACAAAAGAAUCUGACCAAGGCGAGAAAGACGCUAGGAUUAGCGUUGGGAAUAUGUCCAUCGGACAAGCUUUUCCGAAGUUACAUUGAUCUCGAGAUACAGCUGGUGGAGUUUGAUCGUUGCCGGAAGCUCUACGAGAAAUUCCUCGAAUUUGGCCCGGAGAACUGCACCACUUGGAUGCGAUUUGCCGAGCUGGAGACACGGUUGGGCGAAAUCGAUCGCGCCCGAGCGAUAUACGAGUGCGCUGUCGCACGACCAAGGCUGGACAUGCCGGAAUUGCUGUGGAAGUCAUACAUCGACUUCGAGAUCGCCCAAAGCGAGACAGAGAACGCUCGUCAGCUGUUCGAGCGUCUGCUGGAGCGCACGUUGCACGUUAAGGUCUGGAUAGCGUACGCAAAGUUUGAGCUGUUGAAUCCGCAGAUGGAAGAUAGUCCUGACAACGUCGUCCUGGCGAGACGUAUCUUCGAGCGCGGAAACGACGCCCUGAGAUCCAGCGGCGAUACCGAGAGUCGAGUAUUGCUGCUAGAAGCAUGGAAGGACUUCGAGAGCGAGAAAGGCACCUCGGAGAGUCUCGCCAAAAUUAUGGAGAAGAUGCCACGCAGGGUGAAGAAGAAGAGGCGCGUUGUCGGCGAAGAUGGCAGCGACGACGGCUGGGAGGAAGUUUUGGACUUUGUAUUUCCAGAAGACGAGUCGCAGAGGCCGAACUUGAAAUUCCUGGCUGCUGCAAAGGCUUGGAAAAUGGAAACCGAAUCACAAUCUUGAGAUAAUAUAUAUGUGUAUAUAUAAUUUUGUAUAUAUAUCUGUAUGUGCAUACGUGUGUGUGUGUGUUUUGUAGUAUGUAUGAUGUAUAUGUGAUUAUAUUUGAUUAAAAAAUAUCCCAUUAUUUUUAUAUAACAGUAUA